AAAAGAAAAAAAAAAAAGCAUACGUCGCGGUGGCGGAAGUGAGAUCCAACAACAUGACAGGCAAGGUAGCUGGAUGGUAGUUACCUACACACUUUUAUCAACCAUAAGUAGGUCUCUUUAGAAAAUCAUUUAUGGCUACGGAAACUAACACAGAGGAACAAGUGACGAGUGAAACCUCAUGGAUAUCAGUGAGUCCUAGUGGUCUUUGGGAGGUACACAGAAGAUGGAAGGGGGAGAGAAAGCGAGGAGACAACACUCCUCUAUUAGGGUCUGUAUGCAAAAUCAAAGUGUGUCUCAAGAACCACACAAAAGAUAUUAAUACCCAGCCUCUGAGCUCGAACGACACAGAGUCCGCAGUUAGUGUCAGUUCUGUGCAGGUUACAGAGCAUCCUCGCUCAGGGGAUUCAGUGCUGCAGGUUCCACUGGACAGGUGGUUGGUGCUGUGCGUGGGAGAGGGACAGUGUGACGUUAUAGAGGGCUGUUUGGAGGGAAUGAGGGCUGGAGAGACCUGUGAGUUCACAGUAAGGCCUCAUCAACAGCAUUUGAAAAUGGCACCCAGUGAUAUUCAUGCUGCCCAGUUUGAGAUGACCGGAGAGGAGAGACAGACGAAAAGUGAGUGUUUUUCUCUACAGCUCCACUCAUUCACCCCAGGGAAGGAGUCCUGGCAGAUGCUCCCUGCAGAGAAGUGGACCUGGGUGCUGUCUCAUAAGCAGCGUGGCAGCCAGCGCUUUGUCCAGGGAGACAUUUGGGGAGCAAUGCAUUCUUACUGCUGUGCUGUUAAGCUGCUCAUCACUUUAAACGGACAUACCAGAGAGAAAGAUGGGGUUCCAAAUGCUGAUGGAAGCAGGGACUUAGAAACACUAACAGUGAAUACAGAGACAGAAGCAAAAAGCACCCACGUCCAAACUGAGGAGGAGUAUAGGACUAUAAAAGCAGAAGUCCAUUCUAAUCUUUCGCUGUGCCAGCUCAAGCUUGGCCAGCCAGCAAAGGCCAAGGACAGCAGCAUCAAAGCCACUGCACUGGAUCCAGCGAACGUUAAAGCCUGGUAUCGCCUUGGCCAAGCCUGUCUGCAGUUGGAAGACUUCGCGGAAGCACGCCAAGCUUUUGGCAAAGUUUUAGAACUCCAGCCAGGUUCUGCCUCUGCCCAGAAUGCCUUGAAACAAGUAAAUACAAAAGCAAAAGAGUUUGACAAUAAGCUUGGGAAAAGGCUGAGCAAGAUGUUUAUCUAAGGAUUUGCAAACAAACCAGUAUCUACAUAAUUGUGGACAGGAAUCAAAAUAAUAAAUGUGAUCAUAAUGCGAACAUAUUAAAAGCCCACAGUAUCUAUUUAAAUGUACCUUAUCAUGAAUAUACAAAACUUUCAAUAUUAUGAGAGCCCGAAAAGCUCAUGCGCUGAUGUGAAACUGUUUUAAUCACAGGAUAUAUUACAAGAAAUAUUGCUCUAUGCAUGGUGGUUGUAUUAUGGCUGUAUGCUGAACAAAUGUCAAUAAAACUAUUUAUAAAUGUGUAACACUA